AUGUUUACCGUCCCAAGAAACAUCAAAGACGGUCUAAAAGAGGCCACCACCACAAUCCUCGUAAGCAGCGUGAGGGCCCCCAGCGACCUCACCAGAGACACCCCCAUAGUCGAAGAUAUAAAAACCGUAUCAUCCUACAACUGGCUCGCAGAACAUGAAACCGACUAUAACGUUCCAACAAUCCAAGUACCCGGCGCCCCGCCAAUCCUACAUUUCCCAAAAGGCAAACCACCCAUAAAACUAGAAGCCGACACGGGACACCACUUCAUCGACCAAAACGCUUCAAGAAUGAAAGGUAACUCCGGUUUAAUCCCCGGUCUUGCCGCUUGUCAUGCGUAUAAAAGGGAUUUUAAAAUCACCGAUUACGAUGUCGUCACCGAUCGGAAUAACUUGAUCAAACUCUUUGAAUUGAUUGAGUUAUCUUUAGUCGGGACUAAAGACGCUGUAACACCUGCUACUUCUACACCGUGGCGGGCACCUUCUAUUGAAGCUGCUGCUGCUAGGAGGGAUAGAGGGGGUGGGGGGUGGAGGGGGAGAGGGAGAGGAAGAGGUGGUAAUCGUGGGGCUCAUCCUUUUUUUCAACAACUUGGUGCUAGACAGGGGAUGGGUAUAGAAAGUAUGGACAGACGAGCAGAGACUACUCGUAUCGAUAUCGAUGUCGUUUCAGGGUAUGAUAACGAUACAGGGAAAUACAUCUACGAUGAAAGUUCGCCGAACAAAACAUUGGUAAUGACGAGAUGGGAAGCUAAGAACGAAGAAGUAGUUAUUUCGCAAAUCGACUUUAGAGGAUUUGGACAUUCGUUUCUUACGGAGACGAGACAGUUUUUAUCGGUUGAGGAUGGGAGGGUUUUUCAGAAGGGGGCGAAUGAUGUUACGGGGUAUCAUUGUUUGGUGGAGUAUAGGUUGUUUGGGAUGAAGUUGUUGGUUAGGUAUCAUGCUGAUGCGUGUGAUAUGACGAAGGAGGAGUUUGUUAAGUGGAUUUCUCAGGAUGCAAUUCAUGACCUUGAGGGGUCUGAUACGCAGUCGGAGGGUAGUGAUGAAGAUGAGGAUGAUGAUCCUGAUCGAACGCUUUGUGAGUCGCCGACGACGGAUACUUUCGAUCUUUUGGAUGCGUUUAAAACGCUAUCCGUUAAGACGGAACGACCGAGUAACGAGAAGUUACUUUCGAAGCUCAAGUUGACAGCUUCUCAAAAUACCAACCCCGACGUCGUAAGCCUACCGAAAAUCCCCAUGGACAUAAUCCCAACCCCGAACGCCGUCUUCCCCGGAGAAAAAAUCCUUCAAGUGAAAACCCGGGGUAAACACACAGGUCUCAACCGUGAAAGGUUACAUACACAACUAUUUUUCAGUCAAACUCGAAACGUAUUCGUGGCAUAUCACACCCGAGGUGUCUUCUCAGAAAGAGAGACAUCGAAAGAAGAUAUCACCGCAGGACUGUCGAAAUGGGCGGAUGAUAAUAAAGAAUUAUUGAAGAGAUUAACUUCGAUAUUCCGACAAGUUAAGGAAACGGUUGGAGGGAUGGGAGGGAAAGGAGCGAUUGGGUUUGUUUUGAGGAAGAAGGCUAGUGAUGAUCCCGUUGUUAUUGAUAUUCAAGGCAGAGACGACUGA